CACUAAGUGUGGAGUUGCUGAAUUGACAACUGCGUUGUGGAAAAUUGUGGUAAUCUGUGGCGGAAGGGGAGAACGAAUCGUUUAUUUUGCUGUUUUAACGAGACAAAGGUGCCUAGGUUCGUUGCAUCAUCUGAUGAUAUACAUACCCGGUGUAAUAUCGAGGUCAGAUCUUGACGUGGUAGUGAGCGGAAAUAAAUACAAAAUGACAGAGGAUUUGGACGUUGAGGCCAUGUUGGAGGCACCUUACAUGUACAAAAAAGAGGAAGCUGCCCCUGAGAAUGGUGACAAAGCUAAAGAAGUAGUAGUGCCAGAGGAGGAGGCUCCAGCACCAAAGAAAAAGGAAGAAAGGAGAAGAAGUCGCAGCAGGAGCAAAGGCAGGAAACGAAGCCGUAGCAAGAGCAGAGAAAGACACAGGGAUCGCAAGGACCGAGACAAAGGCCGAGACAAGGAUCGUGAGAGGGGCAGGGACAGCCACAGGGAUCGAGAGCGGGAUAGAGGGGAUAGAGAUCAUGACAGGGACCGAGGAGACAGGAGGGAUCGGGAUGGAGACAGGAAGGAUCGAGAUGGAGACAGAAAGGAUCGUGAUAGAGAGAGGGAGAGAAGACGCAGCCCAGUGAGGAGGAGGAGCCGGAGCAGGGAACGUUAUGGAGGAUACAGGGGAGGUGACCGAAGGGGAGGAGGAGGAGGCUAUAGGGGUGGACGAGGGUAUAGAGACAGGGAGGAAGAUAACUACAGGUCAAAGAGGUCACGCAGCAAAGAACGCAACAAGGACAAGGAAAUCAGCCCUGUGCGAGAUGAUCCUGAUGCAGACACCCGAGAUGCAAGAACAGUCUUUGUGAUGCAGCUCUCACAGAGAGCAAAGGAAAGGGAACUCAAAGAAUUCUUCUCAUCAGUUGGAAAGGUGAGAACUGUAAAAAUCAUCACAGAUCGUAACUCGAGGAGAUCGAAAGGAGUUGGUUAUGUGGAGUAUGAUGUUGCAGAUUCAGUACCACUGGCUCUAGGAUUGAACAAUCAGAAGCUGUUAGGUGUGCCUAUCAUAGUACAGCCGUCCCAUGCAGAGAAGAACCGUUCCGCUGGUCAGAAUGUGACUCUACAGAAAGUCAACUCAGGUCCUAUGAGGCUCUACGUAGGAUCUCUACAUUAUAACAUCACAGAAGCCAUGCUUAGAGGCAUCUUUGAACCAUUUGGAAAGAUUGACAAUAUUCAGUUGAUGAUGGAUACAGAUGCCAACCGAUCCAAAGGAUAUGGAUUUAUUACUUUCCAUGAUGCUGAGGAUGCGAAGAGAGCUUUAGAUCAGCUGAAUGGUUUUGAGUUAGCUGGAAGACCAAUGAAAGUCAACCAUGUAACAGAGAGGAAUGAACAAGGUCAACAAGCUCCAUCAUUCCUGGAUAGCGAAGAGUUAGAUAAGAGAGGUAUUACACUCAAUACCACUGGAAGAUUGCAACUCAUGGCCAAACUAGCUGAAGGUACUGGUUUCCAGAUCCCAGCAGCAGCAGCAGAGGCGUUACAUCCAUUGAGUCAGGUACCAGGACUAGGUCUACCAGGUCUACAAGGUCUCCAGAUCAUUCCCAAUCAGCCCAUCACCUUACCACCAGCUACUAUGAACCUACAGGAAUCAUUACAAGCUGCUCAGUUACAAGCUCAUCACAGUGCACAGGCUCUAGCAGCAGCUACAGCAUCCGCUGCACAGACUAACUUGGCGCUUGGAAUGGGAUCCAUUCCAGACGUGUUAUCAGGUAUACCACCUCUAGGACCUGGUCUAUUACCUGAACCCCCACAAGUACAACCACAGCAGGUAGCACAAGCACCUGUAGCCCAGGCCCCAGCACCAGCUGCAGCAGGACCUGGACCUACUGGAGCUGGAUCUACAGCUUGCUUCAUGCUCUCUAACAUGUUUGAUCCUCAAGCAGAGACAAUGUUAGGUUGGGAGACGGAUAUCAGAGACGACGUGAUUGAGGAAUGUAACAAACACGGAGGAGUUCUUCACAUACAUGUAGAUAAAGCAUCACCACAAGGCAAUGUCUAUGUCAAGUGCCCGACUGCACAGAUAGCUAUGGCUGCCCUCAAUAACCUUCACAACAGAUGGUUUGCAGGUAAAAUGAUCACUGCAGCCUACAUGCCUGUCGCUAACUACCAUGCCAUCUUUCCUCAAGCUGCAUCAGCUACAAUGCUUCUUCAGCCAAGCACACCCAGAAGAGUAUAACACACUCAAUACCAACGCUUUGGUUUGUGCCAUUCUCAUCAACAUUAUGUGAAUCACUUCAAUCAAGGGCUUUUUUAUAUUGUGCCGUUAUGAUAAUAAUCUGGAUUUAUAUAGCGUGUAAUAUGAAUACCGUUUCUUAAGCGCUUUACAGAGAUUAUUAUCUCGGUCAUCAGAUUUAUCCCAGGGAAUAUUCCUACUAUAUGGUUUAUUAAAAGCCUGAAAGGUUGCGGUGUCAAUAUUUUGCUCCCAUUAUUACCCUAUGUAAAGUCCUACUUUAUAGAUAUGAUGUAUAUGAGAUAGGAAUUCACUUUUUGAUCUUAUGAUGAGGAAUACAAUGAUUCAACAUAAUUCUUGCCUGAUAGCUAUCUAAACAUAAGCCUGCAAAAGCCAAUACCCGUUUUCUUCAACUAUUUUUAUUUGAUAUUUUUAGUGGAAGAAAUCCUGUAAAACACGAUACGGUUUGAAGUUUGUCGUUAUUGUUGAAUCAAAUCCCUUGUAUAUCUCGCAGGGAAUCACAUGUGUUUGUAUGUGUGUUUGCAAAAUCUGAUUGAAUCCUUAUUUCAUUUAUAUAACCAUAUGUAUCUGCUAAAGCAAUGUAUUGAACUCAUAUUGAAGCACUUCACUUGUAGGAAAUUGUAAGCUUGUAAAGUUCCCUGUGAGGUAUGAAAUUACAGAAUAAAAACUCUUUGUUAUGAUAAGAGUGAGACUUGGAGAAGUGUUUUACAGACUUGUAAAUCUUGUAUAAAUAUGCCUACCUGUAAAUAGAGGUCUUUUCAACCAAAAAAUCUUUCUGACGUCAAUGAGCACUUUAAAUUAUUGUGCAGAUCAGGGUCCUGUUUCAUAAAACUUGUUAUCAAUGACAAGUUACCAAUAACUGUUUAAAGCUUCUGAAAUUGUGGCAUUUGAUUGGCUGAGCAAAAAUUUGUCAUAUAAGUUUAGCAUUUGUUAUAGACAAUAAGUUUUAUGAAACAGGGCCCAGUUCCUUCACUUAAUUCAAAAUGGAGGACAAAGGCGUUUAUUGUUUAUUAAACAUGUAAAUACAUUUCAAGAUACUUUGAUAAAUGUCUUUUAUUUUUCAUUUCUUUGUCUAGUCAUUUAUUAGCCCUCCUGGAUUAAUCUUUUAAUCCAACUUUUCUCCCACUCCAAAAGAUAAUUGACCAAUGAUGACUGGUAUUGCUCUAUUGUCCCUCGCUAGUUUGACUUGUAUAUUACAUUUUACUUUCCACUCUUGCUUUUCAAAAUAGAAUUUACCGGUAGCUAAUUAGUGGGUGCUGGUAUAAAAUUAGAUAAUCUGUUCAGUGAAAAUGAACAGGUGCCAAUUAUUCCUGAAACUGUCAUAAGUCGCAGUUUGUGGACAUCCCAUAUAAACUCAUGAAACACUUGUUUCAAUGGGGUGUCCAAGAAGUUAGACU